AUGUCUAUUGCUGAAUCAAAUAAGGGUAAAAGGGAGUUGUCGUACAAACGCCGUUUGCCAAACGGUGCCUUUUACAAGACAAACGGCUUCGAGGAGUUUACGGCGGAUAAUAUAUUUGUCAACCACAAUGCAAACCGUUCGAUUUAUCUGGACGUAACGGGAUACGGUUAUGUGCACGUCGAAGGAGAGUGUUUUGGAGAGUUUGACAAAAUCGAAGGAAUCGCCGCCGACGGCAAUCGAUUGCGCCUGUCGACAAUGCGGACGUUCAAGUCGCUGAAGUCUUUGAGCUUGCGUGACAACCAACUGGAAUCGAUAGAACCCAUUGGCAGCGAAUUGGCCGACACUUUGACUCACUUGGACUUAUCCGAAAAUGCACUUGGUCCGGAUGACCUUCUGCGACUUUCCACAUGCCAAUUGUUGCAAUCGUUGACGUUUAGAGCCAACGGGCUGCAAACGAUUCCUGAGGGCAUUGCCGACGACCCGUGCUUCCUGUCACUGACCAGAUUGGACCUGAGCGACAACUAUCUGACCGAUUCCAGAGCGGUGUACUUGCUUUCCACCCUGCACAAUUUACAACACCUGUUGAUGAGCAAUAACCGUCUGACGUUCGUACCGUAUUUGGUGACGGAACAAUCAAGGCAAGUCCAUUGUAAAUCUCCUGACGGCCAUGACAAUGAUACGGAUGGCCGUGGAGGAGAUGGCCAGGAAGAAACGCAACCCACCGUGUACGGGGAGGAAACCGAAUAUGCAAACCAAUUUAUCUAUCACGUGUCGCAUGUACCGUUCGUCAGUUUGACCGACCUAGACCUGUCCGGCAACUUGAUCGAUCGACCGUCGUCGGCGCUGUCGUUGAUGUGUUGGCCGUCGCUAAAAAACAUCAUCAUGACGGCCAAUCCCGUUAGUUCCAACAGAAAUUCAUUUGAAUUUGACAUUUUGAAAGAAACCUUUGAAUCGUACGACGUACAGUUAAAACGUUGA